CCAUCCUCAUUCUUCUAUUCAGGCGCGAGCCCGAGUCCCAUCCGUGCGCUCGUUCAAGCUCGCGCCCGAGUUCCUCAGAGCGCACAGCACGCGCAGGAAUGGCUGCGGCACGAGACCUGGAUUUAAUGCAAUAAUUAAACAUUUCCCGUGAAUUCCCACGGGCUGCGGUUUGGUGGAAGUAUUCAGAGGUCUUCUUAUGUCCCUUUCAGCACUUUUGUUCGAGUACUCAGUCUUUCUAAUGUCUAAAUCCAUGGCUUUUGUUUGAGGAGACAAGACAGCGGAGAGUAACCGGGAAAGAACCACCCAAAUUGUCCGACCGUCUCUCUCUCUCUCUCUCUCCGGGAAAGUGAUUUAUUCGUCUCCUCGACUGCUGAAGGAUGUCGUCUGCACGGGUGGAUUAUAUCGCUCCUUGGUGGACUUUCUGGCUUCAUGAGUUUCCUCACGUGAAUCUAAGGUUUCAGCCGUUGGAUCAGACGUUUAAACCGCAAGAUGAGAACUACCAGCAGUCGCUCAUCUUCCUGGGCUGUGUAGCAGCAGCUGGGCUCGGUGUGAACCUGCUGUGUCUGGCCAUCUACCUGAGCUGCCUGUGCUGCUGUCGGAAGGAUGAGGAGGAAGAGGAAAGUAAGAAAUCCAACUCUUGCUGUGUCACUUGGGCUGCUGUUGCUGCUGGACUCAUCUGCUGUGUUGCCGUGGGAGUUGGUUUCUAUGGAAACAGUGAAACCAAUGAUGGGGUGUACCAGCUGACCUAUUCUCUCUAUAAUGCCAAUCACACGCUGGCGGGAGUGGACAGUUUGGUAACUGGUACUGUGGGAGGCAUGCAGAGCGGCCUAAACGAGCACUUGUCUCGACUGGGCGAGAUCUUUGCCGCACGGGGAGACUUUGUGCAGACACUGCAGUUCAUGCAACAGAUGUCAGACAACAUCAUUAAGCAGCUACUUGGGCUUCCUGACUGGGAAAAGGCGAAAGUCGACCUGGCCGCCAUAGCUGAUCAGACAGCACAUGUGGAGUAUUACAGGUGGUUGACGUACCUCCUGAUACUGAUCUUGGAUCUAGUCAUCUGUCUUGCUGCUUGUCUGGGUCUGGCCAAACAAUCCCGCUGGCUGCUCACUGCGAUGAUGGUCUGCGGUGUUCUGACUCUGAUACUGAGUUGGGCAUCUCUCGGAGCUGAUGUGGCCACUGCAGUGGGCACAAGUGAUUUCUGUGUUGCACCAGACAAAUUUCUGAUGAACCAAACAAAAGAUGUAAUCAGCUCAGAUAUUGUGCAUUAUUACUUGUACUGCAGCCAGACGCUCCCCAACCCGUUUCAGCAGUCCCUGACUGUCUUCCAGAGAUCGCUGACCACCAUGCAGAUCCAGAUCCAAGGUCUCCUGCAGUUUGCAGUGCCUCUGUUCCCCACAGCUGAGAGGGAUUUAUUGAGUAUUCAGAAUUUAUUGAAUAAUUCAGAGGCCAGUUUACAUCAGCUCACUGCACUUCUAGACUGCCGAGGACUCAAUAAGGACUACCUGGACGCUCUGAUAGGUGUGUGUUAUGAUGGCGUGGAGGGGUUGCUGUAUCUCUGUCUGUUCUCUCUGCUGGCGGCCUGUGCCUUCUCUGUCAUGCUGUGUGCCAUCCCGAGAGCGUGGCGACAGAUUGCCAACAGAGAUCGAGAUUACGAUGACAUUGAUGACGGGGACCCGUUUAACCCUCAGAGCCGGCGAAUGGCAUCCCAUCAUUCACACCAGGGCAACAUGCACAGCUUCUGCAGCUACAGUAGCAGCAUAGGCAGCCAAACCAGCCUGCAACCUCCAACACAGGCUGUGACCAACGCACCCCUGUCAGAAUAUAUGAACCAGUCUGCACUGUUUGGAGGAAACCCACGCUAUGAGAACGUGCCACUGAUCGGGAGGGGAUCUCCUCCUCCUUCGCUUUACUCUCAGCCAUAUAGAAACCGCUACUCUCCAACCAUGAGAGCCACCUAUCUCUCCAUGACCGAAGACCAGAUCAGACACUUUGGGGAGGAUUUCCGAGCGUAGAACUGAUCUGUUGUCCUCUGGUGUGAGGCUUUACACGCUGGAAAUAUGGACAUAUGGAAAACUUUCACGCCAGCAUGUCUGCGCGCCCUUCUUUGUGUUUAAUAAGCACAGUCUGAGAGGAGAACGUCAUUUAAGAGCACUCUGUGUGUGUUCAUACAGGUGCUUGCAUGUCUGUGUGUGUUUGUCGAUUAUUCUAAUGGUGCGAUGCUUCUUUUCCCUCACUACUGACACAUUUGUGAGGUGCUGAAAUAUCCUCUCUCUAAUCUGUUUUACUUGUAUGUUUACACCAUAUUUUCAUUAAAUAGACUGUUGGUCUUCCCUAUUGCCUUUUCAGCUGCAGAAACUGUUUGACGUGGGUAACAAAAACUUAUUUGGACCCACUCUAUAUUAAGUGUCUUUAACUACCAUGUGCUAACAUUUAAAUUAAUCAUUUGAUGCAGUGCACUUCU